AUGAAUUCUUCCAAACCUGCCUAUUUAGAUUACUUUGGCAGAAUCCAUGGAAUUCUACUGUAUAAAGAAUUUAUCCAAUAUUGGCAUGAUGUGGAGGCAUUUGAGGCAAGGCCAGAUGACCUUGUCAUUGUCACCUAUCCCAAAUCUGGCACAACAUGGGUUAGUGAAAUUGUAUACAUGAUUUAUACAGAGGGUGAUGUGGAAAAGUGCAAAGAAGAUGCCAUUUUUAAUCGAAUUCCUUACCUGGAAUGCAGAACCGAAAAGGUGAUGAAUGGAGUAAAACAAUUAAAACAGAUGGCAUCUCCUAGAAUAGUGAAGUCUCAUCUGCCACCUGAGCUUCUUCCAGCCUCAUUUUGGGAAAAGAACUGUAAGAUCAUCUAUGUUUGCCGGAAUGCCAAGGAUGUGGUUGUUUCUUAUUACUAUUUCUUUUUAAUGGUGACUGCUAAUCCAGAUCCUGGUUCUUUUCAAGAUUUUGUGGAAAAAUUCAUGGAUGGAGAAGUUCCUUAUGGUUCCUGGUAUGAACACACAAAAUCUUGGUGGGAAAAGAGAGAGAAUCCACAAGUGCUAUUUCUUUUCUAUGAAGACAUGAAGGAGAAUAUCAGAAAAGAGGUGAUGAAAUUGAUAGAAUUUCUGGGAAGGAAGGCAUCAGACGAGCUUGUGGACAAGAUUAUAAAACACACUUCAUUCCAGGAGAUGAAGAACAAUCCAUCUACCAAUUACACAAUGCUACCGGAUGAAGUCAUGAACCAAAAAGUAUCUCCCUUCAUGAGAAAGGGGAUUGCAGGAGACUGGAAGAAUUACUUUACAGUAGCCCUAAAUGAGAAAUUUGACAUGCACUAUGAGCAGCAAAUGAAGGGGUCUACACUGAAGUUACGAACCGAGAUCUAGGAAGGGUUUUGUUGACACAUCUGAGAUUAAAGUGUUCUUCUCAUCAUUCCUUACCUCUUUUAUUUUAGACUGGUAGAGAGCGAGUCAUGUGAAAGAUCAUGAUCAGGUUCACAUGAUUAUUGAGAUCUUCAUAUAAAAAAGCAAGAAAGAUUUUUUUCCCUGCUGUUAUCUUUAAAAUGUUUUUCCUUUUCUUUCUUUAUUACAAAUUAUUACACAAAUCUAUAACCUAUGAGAAUGAUGUAGGAACACACAAAUUUUUG